AUGGCAACAUCUGAGAAAUCAAGGGUCCCUACAGAUGCGCCUCCAUCAUAUGAGGACGUCUCAGCGCCCUCCAGAGAACCACAAUCACGCCCCAAUGCUCCGCCCCGCCAAUUAAGACCUCCUCCACCUCUUGAUUUGCCUGCGUUGAAUUUACUACGAGGAAAGCGAGUCAUUCUUGCCUCAGCAUCUCCCCGGCGGAAGGCUCUACUGGCACAGAUCGGCCUUACAAAUGUCGAGGUCAUCCCGUCCAAGUUUGAAGAGAAUCUGCCCAAGACGCUUUCCCCGUUUGAAUAUGUCCUUGCGACCGCGACCCAGAAGGCGCUGGCCGUCUAUAGAGAAGAGGUCGACAAUGAGGACAAGGGCGAGCCUGGACUCAUCCUCGCUGCGGAUACUGUUGUCGUGAAUACCAUGGGUGAGAUAUUAGAGAAGCCACGGAGCGAAGCACACCACAUCGCGAUGCUGAAGGGCCUGCGGGAUUCCGGUAUACAUCGGGUCUACACUGCCGUCGUAGUGGUCACUCCGCUUGCGAGCGCCAGAGACCCCGGCUAUGCGCUUGAGUCGACCACGGAGGAGACUGUGGUCAAGUUUGAUUCCGAGAUUACCGACGAGCUUCUGCUUGCCUAUGUCCGCACCAGGGAGGGUGCAGAUAAGGCCGGUGGCUAUGGCAUACAAGGCACGGGAGCAAUCCUGGUGGAGAAGAUAGAAGGCAGCUUUGACAAUGUCGUCGGCUUGCCGCUGAGAACCACUUUGAAGUUAAUAGGCAGUGUCCUGGCAAGAUCCGAUGACGACGACAUUCUCCCGGAUGACGAUUUCCUGGAGGAUUGA